AUGUCGUCUUCAAAUACAAGUGCAGAUCUUAGUGCAUCCGUAAACAAUGUAUCGAAUAUUAUUCUUCGUUAUAUACCUAUUUUUAUCUAUGGUUUUGGUUUAGCCGGGAACUGUCUUAAUGUUCUUGUUCUUGGUCAACGAAAUCUUCGUUCAACUCCAUCAGCUAUUUUCUUUAUUUUCUCAUCAAUUGCUGGCUGUAUUGUUAUUGUUAGUGGACUUACUAGUCGAAUGAUGUCUGGUUAUUCAGUUGAUUUAACUUUAACGGUUGGAUGGAUUUGUAAAAUUCGAAAUGUUAUUCUAUAUAGUGCAAGAACACUCGUCUUAUUGAUGAUUGUCUUAGCUACGAUUGAUCGUUGGUUAUUAUCUAGUGUUAAUGUACAUUUUCGACAUAUGAGCAAUAUGAAAAAUGUUCAACGAAGUAUAUUUAUUGCUUUUAUUUAUACAUGUGUUAUCAAUGCUCCAAUCAUUUUCUGCUAUCAAGCUAAUCUUACCGAUACUAUACGUGGAUGUUAUGGUUCAACAUAUUCCUGUCGUUUGACGACAGAUUUAAUCUAUGCAUUUGGUUCAACGUUAUUACCAUUAUUUUUAAUGAUAGUCUUUGGAUUGUUGACAGUCAAAAACGUGCGUCAGAUACGAAGACGAGUACAGGUAAUGGAUGGAACAACAACAAGUCAAGACAAUAGGAAUGCUUCACCGAAUAUAACUGAACAACAACGACUAAGAAAACGAGAUCGAAGUUUAUUGAGAAUGCUUUUUGUUCAAGUUAGUUUUCUUAUCUUACUUACUUGUCCGCAUGCCAUUCAAAAAGUAUAUUCAUCAUUUGCUGCGAGCCCACCUCCACAAUCAUUAGAAUAUGCUAUUCAAACUUUGAUCUUUAAUUUCUUCACACUUUUUACAUUUACAGCUAGCGGAAUGCCAUUUUAUAUUUAUACAUUAACUGGUGGAAUUAUAUUUCGAGAUGCACUAUUUGAUCUUAUUAAGCCCGGUAUAUUAAAGAGGUUUUGCCACUAA